UUCUAUUAGUGUUCACCGCGCUCGACUUUACGUAACGUUACAACAUCUAUAACUGGUUCAGUAGAAAAUGAUCGAGGAAUUAGAGGAAAUCAAUGUGGAUCAUUUCGCGUUCGAUUAUUUCAAAAGAAAUGAUAACAAAAAGUGCAUUGAAAUAUCUCAUGGAAAUCGGUUGGAGCCAGUAGAUCGGUUUUUCCUAUUCAUUGAUCACUCAGAUUGCAGUCCAAUGUGUUUUGUGAAUGAAAAAAUAUCGAAGACGGAAAAGCAACUCUCCAACAUUGAGAAAUUCGAUAUAAAAAGCUAUCGAGAGAAAAAUUGCUACAGAGCAUUGGUAACGGCUAAAAAUAUCCACGUAUACGAGUUAUACUUAUCGGUAUGUCUUACGGAGAGAUGUCUUUUACUUCCUAUACAUAAGAUUGUCGACAAGGAAGUAAAUUUACCGAACCAGCAAUGCGAUUCGGGCGAUUCGGUAAACAUAACUGACCUUCUUAAAGCGGACUGUUGGCUUCAAAUAUUUUCGUAUUUAAAUCUGACCGACUUGUUUCAAUUAUCUGCCGUAUGUACCGAUUUUCGUGCGCUCGUUCAGCACAACAGAAAAGUGAAAAAUCUGAAAAGCUUCCAUUUCAAAUUUUACGACAAAUAUUUCGAAACGGAGGGAGAGGCGAUUUUUGCCGACAAAUCUGUGAGCAAAAUGAGUGAAGUCUUAGAGUGCAUUGGUCAAAAUUUGGAAGAGAUUACAAUAUCGGUGGGUAGAACGUCGAAUGAAAUCGGAAUUUUUGAUUCAUUGAUCCGUAAAGUCGGUCCCAAUUUGCAUACCCUGCGACUAUGCAAUUUCUGUUGGCUGUCACUAAUACUGGAAAAUACGUCCAGCAAGGUGCUCGGACAAAUUCGAACGCUGUGCUUGGACAGUCAGUACUAUGACAUACCGAUAAUAGUCGAAAUUAAAAAGAAAUUUCCAAAUCUUGAAAGACUAAGCCUUCAUGGACGCUGGAAAGUGGUCGAUUUCACUGAUUGGUCAGGGAUAAAGGAAUUAACAUUGGACCGGAUAAUUUCACUGAAUCAUGCCAGUUGGAUGACGUGGAUAGUAGAUGUGUCGGAUCAUUUUAAAAAUCUGGAAACGUUGAAAAUAUCAAACACAAUGAAGAGAACGAUUCCGCUGGAUAGCGUCGGACGUCUGCUUCAACUAAAAAAGCUAAGGAAUAUCCAAAUCGAGGUCGUCGACACCAAUUGCUUCGACAUUAUUCUGAAAAUGACUCAACUGAAUUCGGUGAGCCUUAUCUUCUACAAAUCCAUUCAGGAAUUAAUUGAAAAUCGAUUACCUCAAUUGGCGUACUGUUUGCCCGAUUUGCACCACUUCGAUUUGACUUUGAAAGAAGAAGCAUUCAUGCCAAGAGACGAUUUAGUUGAGUUCAUUUCGUUAGCUCAUCAACUGAAAUCCGUACAUUUGAUCAACGAUACGAUCAAAAUUUUCCUGUUCAUCGCGCCCAGUUUCUUGGAGGAAAUUCUAGACGCACGCAAGCGAUCACAAGCGAUUUGCAACGAAAAAAGUCGGUUGUUGGUUGCAUUUUCCAAAUGUUUUAUUGACGAGAACGUUUUUAAGGAUGCAUCGAACGCCACAUUCCGAGAGUAUAUCGUGGUGAAGAACUAUACGCGGCCGUAUUAAACUGAUUCGAGACCAAAAUAUAAAUAAUUUGAAAGAGUCAAUGUCACAUCUGCUGUAAUAAUAACGUAUCGCUUGCAAAUAUAUAUAAUUCAGGGAGGUGUACAUAGUUCUUUCGGUUUC